AUUGGUUGCGAUUAUUAUGAUCUGUACACAACGUCAAGUUCUUCAACUAAGCGCCAAAAAUUGAACCGCGCUUAAAGAUUUCCGGUCUGUUUUAACUUUACAGUCGGUUUUAUUAUAGCAGCGUUUGUGGAUUAAAAUGCUUCGCACUCCGAAAAGAGUUUGUUCCAGUCCUCUGAAUGACAGCCUAGAGAAGAGACUAAAGCGGAUUUCUAUUGAGGGGAAUAUCGCGGCGGGAAAGUCCACGUUUGUCCGCCUCCUGCAGCAGCAUGAUAAAGAGUGGGAUGUUGUACCUGAGCCCAUCGCCAGAUGGUGCAAUGUACAAACUCAACAGGGCGAAUUUGAGGAGCUGACCACAUCACAGAAGAGUGGAGGAAACGUAUUGCAGAUGAUGUAUGAGAAGCCGGAUCGCUGGGCAUACACAUUCCAGAGUUAUGCAUGCAUGAGCCGCGUGCGUGCACAAAGCAAGUUGACCAAUCACAAACUACAUCAAGCUGAGAAUCCUGUGCAGUUCUUUGAGAGAUCUGUCUACAGCGACAGGUAUAUCUUUGCAGCAAAUUUGUAUGAGGGUGAGUGUUUAAAUGAGACUGAGUGGGCCAUUUAUCAGGACUGGCACAGCUGGCUGCAUAACACAUUCGGCCAGUUCAUUGAGCUGGAUGGCAUCAUUUACCUGCGGGCCAAACCAGAGAGGUGUUUGGAGAGGUUGCAUAAGAGAGGCAGAGAGGAGGAGCAAGGGAUUCCACUGGAGUAUCUGGAGAAACUCCAUUACAAGCAUGAGUGCUGGCUGCAGGACAGGACGCUGAGUAUGGACUUUGACUAUCUGUCUGAGGUUCCCGUUCUCACGCUGGACGUAAACGAUGACUUUGUAGAUGAUAAGUUGAAAUGUGCUGACAUGAUUGAAAAGGUCAAAGACUUUCUUAACACUCUAUGAACCGGAUCUCUGUGUGUGUGUGUGUGUGUGUGUGUGUGUGUGUGUGUGUGUGUGUGUGUGUGUGUGUGUUCGUGUUCUACCUUACUGUUUCUUCUACCUUACUGUUUCUUCUAUUUUAUGUCUGGAAAUUUUUAAUGAAAAUUAAAAAGAAUUAAUAGUG